GAGCAGCUGCUUCCAUCUUAAGUAGCUUAGCUUAGCUUAGCUGAACGGGCUAACGUUGCCUUGCGCACUGAAGUGAGCAGCAGAGAUGGAUGACGGUGAGGAGCCGGGUCUGGUUCUCUCCUCACACAACACCUCCUCAGGCUCCAAGUCGGGCGGGGACAAGAUGUUCUCCCUGAAGAAGUGGAACGCGGUGGCCAUGUGGAGCUGGGAUGUGGAAUGCGACACCUGUGCCAUCUGUCGGGUCCAGGUGAUGGACGCUUGUCUCCGGUGUCAGGCGGAGAACAAACAGGAGGACUGUGUCGUUGUGUGGGGAGAGUGCAACCACUCCUUCCAUAACUGCUGCAUGUCCCUGUGGGUGAAGCAGAACAAUCGCUGUCCCCUCUGCCAGCAGGACUGGGUGGUUCAGAGAAUCGGCAAAUAAGCGUCACAACCAGGUGGUCUGACUCUCACCGCCACACACCCGAGCGUGGUGACAGACUUGACAUGGAUCACUGCAGCAUCCCGUGUAGAGCCACAGACAUCGUCAUCUGUCCCUCCUACUUGCAUGUUCCUGUCGUCCUGGUGUUGAAGAAGGGCGAUGGAUAUAGCAGCACAGACUUGUUAUUAAUGUGACUAAUGUGACUGGAGGAACAAGAGUCAUGAAGAUAUGGAUGAAAGUUGUCGCAGUGUUUGGUCCCGUUAUAUUAUCGUCGGUGAUGGUGAUCAGCACUUAUCUUAUCAUCUUAUAUGACCUGUCCUUUUAGAAAUAAAGAAUUGUGAAUAGCUGUAAA